AGCCCAAGGGUCGGCUCCCUGCUUAGGAAGCAGUCCUUAUGUCAAUAGUGAAUAUAUUACAAGUUUGGAUAUCAUAUUUUUAUAUUAUCUUCUAUUUCUUUAAAAUCUGUUUCUCUACUUCGCGACUCCUCAAUUCUACAGGUUCGAUUCUAUCGACUCGCAGUUGAGGCGCGCAUCAUUCCGCUCUGUGAUGGCGACAUUCGCGCGCCCGACAUUUUCGGCCAAGGCAUACGCGGCAUUCCGACCCACUUAUCCGGCGUCACUGUUUCGCACCGUUCUAGAUUACCACCAGCUUCGGCUCGCGGGAAAUGGAACGACGCUCGUAGACAUAGGGUGUGGCCAUGGCCUUAUUGCAAGGGCGUUGAGCCCGCAUUUUCAGCACUUAGUUGCCCUUGACCCGUCGGCUGGCAUGGUCAAGCAGGCGCGUCAAAUGACAGAAGACCCUAAAAUCAGCUUCCAUCAAGGUCGGGCCGAGGAUCUGUCGCCGUUUGUUAGGCCCACGUCAGUCGACCUGGCGGUGGCGGGCCAGGCAGCCCACUGGUUUGACUACAGUGCGGUAUGGAGUGAGCUAGCGCGGGCGAUGAAGCCCGGGGGUACAGUUGUAUUCUGGGGCUAUGUGGAUGGUGUUCUCCUAGGAGCCGAGAACGCUACGGCGGUGAUGGAGAAGUUCGUCUACGGAUUCGGCGAUGUGGCACCGGGUAUAGAAGGGAUGGCACCGUACUGGGAGCAACCGGGGCGGAACAUACUGCGGGGCCUACUGGGUUCGGUGGAUGUGCCUGGGGACAAUUGGAAGGAUGUUACACGGAUCACUCACAAACCUGGCGAUCCGGAUGGGGAUUCUGUGGCUUGGCUUAAGAAGAAGAUGACGCUGGGAGAGGUUGAGGCGUACACGCGCACAUUUAGUUGUUAUAGUGGUUGGAAAGACGCACAUCCUGAGAUGAAGAGUAGGGCUGAGGGAGGAGAUGGUGAUGUGGUUGAUGUCAUGUGGGAUCAUAUGAUCGACUCUACACCUGAAUGGAAAGCAAUGGGGGGGCAGUGGAGGGAAGCUGAGGUUAUCAAUGAUUGGGGUACGUAUAUUAUCAUGGCGAGGAAGAAGUAAGAAUAUAUAUGUGGUGCAAUAGAGUCCUACUUAUCUAAGUAAUUAUGAUAUAUUUUUAUUAUACGGAAGAAACCCCUUAAAACCCCUGCGGUUCAAUAAUAUCAGCCGGUGUAAUUCACCUACACUAGGAUCAGACAUGACGAUGAAAUAGGUAGUAUAAAAGGUUGCUGCCCAAUUUUUGAAAUAGGUAUAUGUCUUGCCCUUGUCCAAUGUUGU